AUGGAGGACGCGCCGAGGUCACGAAACGUGGUCAGCGACCCGGAAACCCUGUGGAAAGACGCCACCAUCCCUUACAUCCUCGAGCCCAUAUUCAACGACGCGGAGAGGAAGACGAUCCGCGAGGGGAUGGACAUGAUCGAGAAGGGGUCGUGCUUCAAGUUCCGGCCGUUCCAGAUCGGCGACCUGGACUUUGUAUACGUGCAGGGCGGGCCGACCGGGUGCUGGUCGUACGUGGGGCGGCAGGGCGGCGGCCAGGUCGUCAACCUGCAGAGGAGCGGCUGCGUCCACAAGGGCGUCGUCGCCCACGAGCUGCUCCACGCCUCCGGCUUCUUCCACCAGCAGAGCGCCGCCGACCGCGACGAGUUCGUCUUCGUCAACUUCACCAACAUCCAAGCAGGUCUCGAGAGCAACUUUGACAAGUACAACGAGCCGAUCGUGUCCGACUUUGGCGUCGGCUACGACUACAACAGCGUCAUGCACUACAGCCGCAAGGCCUUCUCCAAGAACGGCGAGGACACGCUGGUGCCGCUUCAAGACGGCGCCGAGAUCGGCAACCGACACUUUGUCACCGAAAAAGACAUGGCCAAGCUCAAGGCCAAGUACGGCUGCGGCGAGCAGGGCGGCCAAGGGGCCACCGAGGCCUCCAAUUCGUACGGCAACAUGAUGAUCGAGGCCGGCAACCAACUUCUCGCCCUCCUCGUCCCGCCCGCAUAA